AUGUGGGAGAGGGCCGUCCUUCAAGAAUGGAUGUUAGCAGAGUGGGACAGUACGCAAACUGCCUUGAAUAAAGCAGUCGCAGAUCCAGUGAUGUCUUUCCACCUUGGGUCUCGCGCAGAUGAACUUGUCAACAUCUGCGUCAUCUGGAGGAAAAAGGUUCAGUGUAUUCCGUGCGUGUGGCCUAUGAUUGCGAGUUGGGGACCCUCAGACGAGGCUUUGGUUCAAGCCGCUUUUAGUCAGGCACGAUCAUCGUUUUGGGAUGAGGAUGAUGAUGAUGAGAGUUUGGAAGGAGAUAGAGAGGGUGAUGGAGAGAGUGACCUGGAGUAUGGCGAAAUUGAAGAUGAGGAACUGAUGGAUGCUAUUGAGGAGAUUGCAUUGGCAGAUGAAUAUAGGUAUGACCAGAAUAAGGAGCUCGUGGAUGACCUGGAUGACUUGGAUGACAUUGAUAAUGACUUCAUGCCUUCUUCCCCUAUAAAAUCGUUACACAAGCGGCGCAACAUGUAG